GAACUCAUUCUGUAGCCCAGGAUAGACUUGGAUCUGUGAUCCAUUCUUCCUUCCUUCCUUUUCUUCCUGAAAAGCUAGAAUUACAGCUCAGCAGAAUGAAGUUAAAGGAAAUAGAUCGUACAGCUAUGCAGGCAUGGAGCCCUGCCCAGAACCACCCCAUUUACCUGGCCACAGGAACAUCUGCUCAGCAGUUGGAUGCAACGUUUAGUACUAAUGCUUCCCUGGAGAUAUUUGAGUUAGACCUUUCAGACCCAUCCUUGGAUAUGAAGUCUUGUGCUACUUUCUCCUCUGCUCACAGGUACCACAAGUUGAUCUGGGGACCUCAUAAGAUGGAUUCCAAAGGAGAUAUUUCUGGAGUUCUGAUUGCAGGUGGAGAAAAUGGAAACAUUAUUCUUUAUGAUCCUUCUAAAAUCAUAGCUGGAGACAAGGAAGUUGUGAUUGCCCAAAAGGACAAGCAUACUGGGCCAGUGAGAGCCUUGGAUAUAAACAUUUUCCAGACCAAUUUGGUGGCCUCUGGUGCUAAUGAAUCUGAAAUCUACAUUUGGGAUCUGAACAAUUUCGCAACUCCAAUGACACCAGGAGCCAAAACACAGCCACCGGAGGACAUCAGCUGCAUCGCAUGGAACAGGCAAGUUCAGCAUAUUUUAGCAUCAGCCAGUCCCAGUGGCCGGGCAACCGUGUGGGAUCUUAGGAAAAAUGAGCCCAUCAUCAAAGUCAGUGACCACAGUAACAGGAUGCAUUGCUCUGGGCUGGCAUGGCACCCUGAUGUUGCUACGCAGAUGGUCCUGGCCUCUGAGGAUGAUCGGUUACCAGUGGUCCAGAUGUGGGAUCUUCGAUUUGCCUCCUCUCCUCUCCGGGUUCUGGAAAAUCAUGCCAGGAUCGCCUUGCAAUGGGUUGAACAUUUUUGA